AUGCUGAAGGCUGCGGAAAUCGCCACGCUCCUGGCGGUCGUUGUGCCGGGCGCAUUAGGUGUGACAUUCGGCGUCCCUAGCAAGGUCGGAACUGGAGGAUACGCAUACGCGCCGUUGGACAAGGCGCCGAUUGGCAUCUCGUUCGAGUUCUUCACCUUCCCCUCGUAUUUCACCAAUGUCACGGCAACCAACCAGUGCCUCUCCAACUGGAAAGACCUGACCGGAGUCUGGCCCCCCAUUCGCAUCGGCGGGACGACCCAGGACCGCGCGAGGUACGACCCUUCGACCUCGGCCUAUGUCGUCUACAACGUCGCAAGCGCGGGCGACGCGCCCCAAACGUUGACCUUUGGGCCCAAAUUCAUGACCCUGGCGAGCACAUACGGGGGGAGUGUCGUUCUCGGGCUGAACCGGGGGAAGAACGAUAUCGCGAACACGAUCGACGCUGCAAAGGUGGCCGUCUUGGAGAUGAGCAAUCUGCUUGCAAUUGAGUUGGGUAACGAGCCAGAAUAUUGGAAGUCGAACGGCCAACCAAUUGCUGCCGGCACAUGGGAUCCCGCCACAGACGCGGCCUCGCAAAAUAACUGGGACAUAUCGGUAGGGCGUGCGGUCGACAGGAAGAAUAUUAUCCAAGCAGGGAACUCAAACGACUCUCCGCCGAAAUGGGGUGCCGCCGAGUUGAUUGCAUCGGGGAAUGCGACUGUGAGGGAGUACGUCGGCAUAUAUGCUCACCACAAUUACCCCGGAGGCAACGUCCAGUCAUUGAUGACCCACUCCAACACCGUGAAGAACAUCCACUCGUUUGACGCGGAUAUCGCUGCGGCUCUGGCCGCCGGCAAGCCGUACGUGUUUGGGGAAACAAACUCAGUCUCGGGUGGCGGAGCAGCCGGCGUCUCUCCGACCUUCGGUGCCGGUCUCUGGACCAUGGACUACUCCUUGCGAGCCACGUAUAGCAACAUAUCGCGCACCUACUUCCACCACGGCACUCUGGGUAACUGUCAGUACUGCUUCUGGGGCCGUUACAGCAUGGGAGCCCCUUACUACGGGGCGACGGCAGCAGUGGCCCUUCUCGCCGGUGCCAGCCACCUGACUGCCCUCGACGCCGGCAACACCAACUAUGCGGCCUAUGCCACCUUCGACGAGGCCGGCGCCCCGCUGCGCGUGCUCCUGUACAACUCGGAUUACUACGCCGGAAGCGGCACGAGGUCCAGCACGUCGUUCACCCUGACUGGGCUGACAUCCUCGGACGUCAAGGCGAAGCGACUGACGGCGGGGAGUGCGAUGUCGAGGCAGGAUCAGGGUGCCAAUCCUUCCUUCGGCGGCCAGUUCUUCGACAACGGCACGUGUGUUGUCGGUGGGACGGAGACGUUCGAGACGGCGAGUGUAUCGGGGGGUCAGGCGACGUUUACGCUGAAGGCAACCGAGGUCCUUCUUGUGUACCUGCAGUAA